AUGGUUUCCAGUGUGUUUGCGGUCGCCCUUGCGGCGUCGGCAGUUCAAAUGGCUAUUGCACGACCGGCAGAUGCUUCUAUCAAUGUCGUCGGCGGGUCAAAAGACGACGGGAAACAGGUUCCUUCUAUUGUUGCUCUGCAGAGAGAGGUACCGCAGAAGAGGCAGGGGGUACCGCAGGAGGGGCCACGAUUCUUUUGCGGCGGCUCACUUGUGCGCAACAAUUUUGUCGUCACGGCGGCUCAUUGUGUCAGUGAACUUAAGACGGCUAAAGGUUUAAGCGUUCGCGCCGGAUCGCUAUCUCCAUCAAAAGGUGGCACCGAGGUUCAAGUAUCUAGGAUCUUCGUUCACCCCAAUUUUGAUCUCCAGAAAAUCGACAAUGAUGUUGCUAUCUUGCAGCUAGAAAAACCAGUAGACAUUGAAUUGGCCCGCUUGCCGGCGAAUGGCUCUGACCCUGCACCGGGAUCUCAGGCAAGCGUACAUGGCUGGGGAGCAACGACAGAAGGUGGACAACCUUCUGAUACAUUGCUAACAGCUGCGUUCCCGGUAAUAAGCCGUGCUAAUUGCCGGGAAUUACUUGGAAAGGGGUUAGUGACUGAGAAUAUGUUUUGCGCCGGUCUACCAGAAGGUGGCAAAGAUGCUUGCCAGGGAGACAGUGGUGGUCCAAUAAUUGAUUCACAAGGAAUUUUGAUUGGCGUCGUGUCAUUUGGCAACGGUUGUGCCAGACCCAACAAUCCUGGCGUCUACACCAGACUGGGUGCAUAUAUUCUGGACUUUAUUGAGCCAAUCAUAGGUCCUUCUGGAUCAAACGGUACUUCUGGUUCGAAUGGCGGUUCCGGUUCAAAUGGAGGCGGCUCUGGUUCAAAUGGCGGCGGCUCCGGUUCAAAUGACGGUUCUGGGUCGAAUGACGGCUCUGGUUCGAAUGGCGGCUCUGGUUCAAACGACGGUACUGGUUCAAAUGGCGGCUCUGGGUCGAAUGACGGUUCUGGCGGCUCUGGUUCAAAUGGCGGCGGCUCCGGUUCAAAUGACGGUUCUGGGUCGAAUGACGGCUCUGGUUCGAAUGGCGGCUCUGGUUCAAACGACGGUACUGGUUCAAAUGGCGGCUCUGGGUCGAAUGACGGUUCUGGUUCAAAUGGUGGCUCUGGUUCGAAUGGUGGUUCUGGAUCAAAUGGUGGCUCUGGUUCGAAUGGUGGUUCUGGAUCAAAUGGCGGUUCAGGAUCAAACGGCGGUUCUGGAUUAGAUGGAUUGGAUGCUAUUAUUGUUCCGUUUAUUCCAAACGGUGGUUCUGGGUCAAAUGGUGAUUCCGGAUUCAAUGGUGAUUCUGGAUUGAAUGGUCCUUCUGGAUCGAAUGGUGGUUCUGGGUCGAAUGGUGCUGGAUCGAAUGAUGGUUCUGGAUCAAAUGAUCCUUUUGGGUUCAAUAGUGGUUCUGGUUCGAAGGGCAAUUCUUUCUAG